AAUGACCUUGGGCUCGAGAUUGAGACAGACUAGGUGAAGGUUAAACUGUAAUGUCUCCUUCUGCGAGUCGAAUUCUGGCUGUUUAACGAAUAAGGUGUUCAUGUUGUCAUUUCUCGGGAGUCAACCGGAAGGCAUUUCCAAAAAUUCAGUCAUGCGCAGUUAAAAUCGCGAUUCCAUUCUCCCAAAGGUUAUUAAUUAGCGCCCAUGCUGCCUGGAGAUUGUGCGGGUUAUUGUCAUACUCAACCACUGUUGCAUAGGAAUUAGUAAACCGCGAUCAUGAACAUCAUUCGAAAUUUAGUCCGUCCUUCUCCGAAGAAUGUUGUUCGGAUCGUUCGUCUGGAAGGCACAAUCGUUUCUCAGACUCGACGAGGGCCAGGUUCUUUGAAUUUACGCAAAGUUGAGAAGCACCUGGACAAAGCGUUCGCCACCAAGAAAGUUAGGCCAAGAGCUGUAUGCUUGGAGAUAAACAGCGGAGGAGGAUCCCCUGUUCAAUCAAACUUAAUUUUUAAUCGAAUACGGGCUUUGUCUAAAGCAACCAAAAUCCCCGUGCUUUCAUUUGCGGAAGACUUGGCUGCCUCCGGGGGGUACAUUUUGGCAUUGGCGGGUGAUGAAAUCUUCGUGGAGCCAAACACGAUUAUUGGCAGCAUUGGUGCUCUGUCUCAAGGGUUUGGCUUCCAGGAAACUAUAAAGAAACUAGGUUGGUAGAUAAAUCACAAGUCAAAUAUUUUCAUUCUGCGAGGAAUUGAGGAGUUGAAGCGGUUGAUUCUUUCUUUGUGAUGGGGUAUUCAAAUAAAGCACCUGAAUCACAUAUCCCCUUUUUAAUGGGUCCCCCCGGAUUAUUUGCUAUUCACAUACUUACCCCUCCUUAUUUCUACAAAAUUGCAACCCUCUGUGCUGCAUGGGAUGCUUUUUUUAGAUCGAAGGUUGACAGGGUUGGGGGGAGUUCCUUUCCCUCAGAACUCACCUGUCUUUUUCCCUUAUUCAAAAUUCAUCAUAAUUCUGCCUUCCUGCUAGUGUCAGUCCCUCCCUUGUGUUUCCUUCACAGAAACCACUACUUAAAAUCCUGAUAAAACAGUUGAUUACAUUGUAGAAUCUUCCCCAAAAAUGCUAAAUUUUUUUGUUGUGACCAUAUGGAGAAUUUAACACUAGGCAAAUAUUUUUACCCUAACACCCUAACAUCAAUGAAAAUUUUCUCUAUACUCUUCUCUAUACACUUCCUUUGGUGUUCACAAGGGGAAUUAUUUAAACAGUCAAAGUGACAGUGUGGCAAUCAUUUUCUUCAAUUUAUUCUCAUGAUCAUAAUGAAUAAUCUAGUGCUAUAACUGUAAGAAGAAAUUAGAUGCUGGUUACUCUUAACCUUUUCACUCCCAUGAGUGACCAAGGCAGAAUUUCUCCCCACAAUAUCAGUACAAUAUCAAGCAGACAAGUGAUGAGAAUGAAGAAAAAUAUCAAUUAGGGGAUUAUACAUGGAUCCAAAACCAAAUUCUCCAAACUAACAGCACAAGAACUGUAUGGCAGACAAUAAGGUGACUGUUCUCUUUCUUUGUUUCUUCAUUAUCUAGGUAUGGAGUCACGCAUUUUCACUUCAGGUGAGCACAAGGUUCGAUUGGAUCCGUUCAGCCCUCUCAAGCAAGAUGAUGUUGAUUAUGUAACAAAUGUGCUAAAGCAGAUUCAUGGGAACUUCAUUGAAUUGGUGAAGGAAAGGCGACCAUCACUUGAUGUUAAACAUAAAACUGUAUUUAGUGGUGAUUUUUUCACUGGCAAGGAUGCUGUCUCAUUUGGUUUAGCUGAUAAUACCUGUUCUGAUUUAAGAGCUGUUUGUCAGGCAAGGUUUGGCAGAAAUGUCAAAUUUGAGCGCUGUGAGCCUCCAAGUAGUGUUCUGGGUAGACUUAGAAAUCUUGUUACUCAGAUGAAAGUUGAGGUAUCUAUUAAUGACAUGUUGGAAGAGCUGACUUUAAAACAAUACAGACCUUAA